AUGGCAGAACUUCCAUCAUUGGUGCGCGUCAAGCGCAAGCGUGGCGAGGAGCCUACGGCCGACCUGUUCCUCGAAGAACGAACGCUGAAGAAGCAGCAAGUGUGGCAGUUCCGUCUGCAGCAGGCACACCCCUCGCAGCUGCCAUCCAACACGCCAAACGGCGGUGUGUCCGGAGCUUUCAUCCCGUCCAGCGCCAUAGACCCCUUCCAGCAACAGCAGCAGCAGCAGCAGCAGCAGCAGCGCCAACAGCUUCACCAAGACACCCUGGUCCGCCGUGAGUUUCGCCUUGCCCGCCCGACACGCCCUCUCCACCGCCGCAUUGAAUCCGUCAAGAAGCGCAAAGCCCAAUUGGAUACCCAGGAUAUCCCCACCUUCGUCGAAGCCACCCCCAAGCGUCGUCGUGUCGGUCAGGAGGAUGCUCCCCAGUCAGUCCUGGACACCCCCGUCUCUACGCCCAGCACACUCAAGAGGCCCGGCGCAAGCUCCAGGCUGAAGAAGCCCACUGCCGAGGCUCUCUUCCAAAGUCCAGCAAAUCCUCCUCCGGAUCGUCUGGCCGACGCCCUUCAUCGAUUUGCUCUAGAGGAGGAGGCUCGUGAGGAAGCCCGCGUAAAGCCAAAGGUCACAUCAAUUCCAAAGAAGCCUGUUCAAAGAUACCGUGAACGUCAUCCCGAGCAAUUCACUGCUCCAGCGCAAACUAUCCACAAGACAGAAGAAGAUGUCGACAUGAUGAGCGAUGACGAUGAUUAUGUCUAUGAUACAUAUAUCCGCACAAAAGACCCUGUGGUCCCCGCAAGCCUCGAAUCUGAAGAUCCCUCCAACAUCCAAGUUGGCUACAUUGUCAUCUCCGAGGAAGACCAGCCCCUGUGGGAGACGUACUUUGAAGAUGAGGCCGAGAGCGACAAAGAGUUCGAGACCGAUGACGAGGACGAAAAUGGUAAACAUCUUACCCGCCCAAGUUUAGCAAUCAUUAAACUGACACAUGCUCCCAACUCCNNAGCUGAAGGUUAUUAUGCCGCAGAUUAUCCAGAAGAUGAGGUUGCUUCUGAUGAUGAGUAUGACCGAGGUGCUUACGGUUAUCGUCAUGGAGGUUCCGAUGAUGAACAAUGGGAGUCUGAUCCUGAAGGGUGGAGUGACGGCGACGAGGCAAUGCAGAACCCCUGGAAGAAAUACCCCUGGAUGCGCUCUUCCCACGGAGCUGUCGAUGAGCAAGAUGACGAAGAGCUCUGA